ACUGUACGGAGAGGGCACUUGUAAUCAUGUUUAUAGAGACAACGGGUUUAUCUCUAACAGUAAACACAUGUAUAUGAAACGAGUUUCUAAUUAAAGAUUUAAAUGCCGCUUGAGUGUAUUUGGCAUUUAUUUUCCAGAUCCAAGUUACGUGGAAGCUUUGUUGUUGCACAGCUGAUCAAGUGCACCAAUAACAGUGACAGUUCACGAACGACAUUUGACAGCUGAUUUGGCGAUUCCUAACUUGUGUAGAUAUGGAUAUGGUGGAGGAGAAGCGUGAGCUGAUGGCCAGUGGUGGGGACAAUGACAGAUUCCAGUACCACCAGUUGCCUGGCACUCACACACCAGAUAUGUCUGUCAACCUGGAUCAACAUACAACAGUCAAACAGAGGUGUCGUGACCUACUUACAAAGUUGUGUUCCAGACAUGUGUUGAAGCUGAUUGCCAUGGGGCAGCUGCUGUCUCUGUUGAUUUGUGGGACAGGGGUGACCAGUGGACUUCUCCAGGAGCAGGGGGUACAGACACCAACAGCUCAGUCAUUCCUCAACUAUGUGCUGCUGUGUUUGGUGUUCACGGUUGUCCUGGCCUGUCGACAGGAAGAGCGCAACCUUGUGUUCCUGCUCAAGACCUACUGGUGGAAGUACCUCAUCUUAGCUGUCAUUGACGUGGAGGCCAACUAUCUGGUGGUGAAGGCCUUUAAGUUCACCACUGUUACCAGCGUGCAGCUCCUCGACUGCUUCAGUAUCCCCACUGUGAUGAUUCUGUCUUACUUUGUACUGAGAGUCCGAUAUCGUCCGGUGCAUCUAGUGGGUGUUGUCUGCUGUCUUGUGGGACUUGGUGGGCUGGUGGCAGCUGAUGUUUUAGCUGGCAGGAACAGUGGAGGAGGAACCACAGGAGCUAGUAACCCUCUCCUGGGAGACUUCCUGGUGAUUGCUGGCGCUGCCCUAUAUGGGGUGUCCAAUGUAGGAGAGGAAUAUGUCAUCAAACAUUUUGCCCGCACAGAAUUCCUGGGCAUGCUUGGAUUGUUUGGUAGUUUCAUCAGCGGGAUACAGUUUGUCAUCCUUGAGAGACAUGAAGUUGCUAACCUUGACUUUACAAGAUAUGAAAUAGUGUUGCCCUGGCUGGGCUUUGUGUUGUGCCAGUUUCUGAUAUACAGCUGUAUGACAAUUGUCAUCCAGUACACCAGUGCCACCUCAGUCAACCUGUCCAUCCUGUCAGCAGACUUCUACUCCAUGCUGUUUGGAUUGUUCCUGUUUCAUUAUAAAUUCCAUGUGCUGUACUUCCUGGCGUUUGUGUUGGUCAUAACGGGGAUCUCCAUCUACUCUGUCAAGGAAACAGAAACCAGAUAGAGGAAGUUCAUUAAUGUCAGUAAGUUUGGGUCACAACUUAUGGACUUUGUGAUAUGUGACAUGAACUUUCUGUUAAACGUCUGACUUUGUCCAGUCAAAGUAAAAUGCGUUGAAGAGUUCAAUAUUUCUUAAUUUGUGUAAAAUUUGUUUGGGUUGGUUGGUUUUAGGAGGAAAAAGAAUUGUCUAUUUCUCCAUGUAGUAGAAACGUCCUCUGGUCUGUUCCCCAAGAACAGAAUAAAAACGUGAUCAGAAUGGUUGACAACUCAC